AUGCCAAAACGCUCCCAUGACGAGUCUAGUCCUGCCGGGAUCGCAACCACGGCCGUCGAGCCGGCGCCCAAGCGCCCAAAAUCCAGCGACGGUGGCGAUCACAGCAGCGCAGCGGCACCCCCCAUCCCCCUAUCCAGCGCCUUUUCAAAAUGGACCUCUGCAUCGAUCAGCAAGACAUACCCGCCGCUGCCCCAGGUCCUAGAUCCGGCGCUGGAAACGGCAGCGCUCACGCACUCGGGCAUGCGCAAGCGGCUCUCGGACCUGAGCUACGAGCGGCUCGAGUGGAUCGGCGACGCCUACCUGGAGCUGAUCGCGUCGGAGCUCAUCUACCAGACCUUCCCGACGCUGGAGGCAGGCAAGUGCUCGCAGUACCGCGAGAUGCUGGUGCGCAACUCGACGCUGGGCCAGUUCGCGGUGCACUACGGGCUCGACCGGCGGGCCAACUUCCCGGCCGAGUUCGGGCUCGGCGGGCGGCCGAACGGCACCACGGUCAGCCAGAAGCAGCGCGCCAAGGCGCUCGGCGACAUCUUCGAGGCGUACGUCGGCGCGCUGAUCCGCUCGGACCCGGAGCACGGGCUCCGCCGGGCCUCCGAGUGGCUCAAGGCGCUGUGGGGCCCCGUGCUGGAGCGGCACAUCCGCGAGGAGGAGAGCGGCGCCAACGCCGUCAGCGACAUCAACCCCAAGACGCAGCUGGAGCAGCUGAUCGGCGCGCCGGGCGUCAGGAUAGAGUACCGGGACCUGCCGUCGAACGGGAAGCGAGACAGGGACACGAAGCAGGAGCUCUUCUUCGUGGGGUGUUUCCUGCACGGCUGGGGCGAGUCCGGCCUGCAGCUGGGCUAUGGCGGGGCGCUGGGCAAGAAGGAAGCGGGCCAAAAGGCGGCGCUAAAGGCGAUGGAGAACAAGAAGUUGAUCAAGAAGUUCGCGGAGAAAAAGAAGGCAUCGAUGGCUGCGAGGGCGGAGCAGGCGGAGCAGGCG